AUGGCCGACCUCGAAUGUAAGUUACCCAUUAGUAUACUAUGCCCUCUCUUUCAGCUGUGGUCCAAGGCUUCCUCUUGGUCUUCAAACUGUUAUGGAGAAUUCUCUAUGGCAUUUACUGUGCGAUUGUUCCCCACAGUUGGCAGCAUCAAAAGGACGUAGAAGAUCAGGUUGUUCUGAUCACAGGUUCUGGAUCUGGACUGGGCCGAGAAAUGGCUGUUCUGGUAAAUCCCAAAUAUACCUUCAAUCCUAUUUUAGUUCGCGGAAAAAGGAGCCAGAUUAAUUCUAUGGGAUCUGAACGAAACUCUUAACAAUGAAACCAAACGAUUGGUGGAUUCGGUAGGCAAAUAUAAGGCGACAUGUUACACGGUUAACGUUGCUGAUCGAAAAAUCGUUUACGAAAAGGCCGAUGAGGUGAAGGAGGCAUUCGGAGGAGUUGAUAUUCUUAUCAACAAUGCUGGAAUUGUCACUGGAAAGAAGUUCCUGGACUGUCCAGAUGAAUUAGUCGAUCGUACAAUGGCGGUGAACACUCAUGCCCUAUUCCACGUAAGUGAAACCACUAUAAGUUAUCCAGUAUAAGGUGUGACACUAGACUAGAAUAGACAUUCGUCAUCAAAGUUCAUCCCAGGCUUACUUUAGACCGCAAAAGCUUUUUUUAGACAGCUAAAGCCUUCGUUCCUGGUAUGAUCAAACGCAAUCGCGGCCACGUUGCAGUAGUCGCCUCAAUGGCCGGAAAGGUUGGAGUGGCCGGGAUGGUCGAUUAUUGUGCCAGUAAAUUUGGCGCUGUUGGAUUUGCCGAGGCCCUCAGAGCAGAACUGAGAGCCCGAUCUAAUGAUCUCCAUGUGACGUUAAUCUGUCCCUAUUACAUUAAUACUGGAAUGUUUGAUGGGGUCCAAACGUCAUCACCUUUGUUGCUGCCUAUUAUGGAACCCUCCUAUGUGGCUAAAAAGAUCGUCGGAGCCAUCUUGACGAACCAAGUGGUCCUUCAAAUGCCCCGAUUCUGUUAUAUUAGUACAAUCAUCAAAGAGUAAGUAUGACUUUUAGUUAAUUCAUAUUAUCCUCGCCUAAAAUCUAACACUUAUACUUCAGAGUUCUCCCAAUCAGCGCUGCAGAAGCUAUAGCCGACUUUGUUGGAGUAAACAGGGAGAUGGAAAACUUUAAAGGACGACAAACCCCUCCCGAACAUACCAAAGUCAACUAG